UGUUGCAGGUACAUAGGUUGCUAGCUAAGCUUGCAUGCGCAUGGCCAAGACUCGCGUGCUCCGCUGUGCGGUGCUGGUGGUGUGCGUCCUCCUGGUUCUCUCGUCCGCAUCUGCCGCGGCCGAGGCAGCUGGUCGGCAAAGGGGUCAUGGGAGAGAGGCCACGGCGCCGGCGGCGAUGGCAAUGGCGACAGGGCGUUUCGUCAGGAAGGUGCUGCGGGAGGAGAUGGUUCAGGCUGACGGCCAUGGCGACAUUGGCCAGUCCAAGAGGACCAGCCCCGGCGGCCCAGACCCGCAGCAUCAUUAGUUGAUGUCGGUUCACACGGUGCAUGCAGUUUUCAUGCAACAAAUUACGUAUCUGCCGGGCAUCAUAAUAUAUACACAAGGGACCUGAACUUCAAGCCGAUCUAGCUUGUGUUCUUGUCUUGCAUGCUAGCAAAAGAGAAAAUUUUGUUUUUCCCCAAGCAUAUGUAUACAGUGUAUCUACGUCCUCGUUGAUAUGUAUGUACUAGUAGUGUACU